GGGAUCAAAUGGCAGCAUCUUAUUUGAUAAAACCUGUAACUAUCUGUCAGUGUAAGAUAUGGCUCUCUGUGUUGGUGCAGGAUGAGUGGAGGUGUACAUCAGUCCAUGUUUUUCCUUGAGCUUCCAGACCUGAAGAAGCUCUGCUGUAUCAGUCUGACUCUGCAGGAGGAGGGCGAGGAGCCCAGGAGCAAACAGAUCAAGAUCUGCAGAGAGUUGGUGCUGCUGUACUCUGAUGUGGUGGCCUCCCCAGCUCUGGACUCCUUCACUGAGAUAACAGCGGUCAUGGCUGUCCCGUUUUACCAAAAAGGCAUCCUGCAGGUGUUUGGAAGAAGACGCAGUCUGAAGCUGGGCUCUCCUCAGCGUGUGUUUCCAGGCGUCCUGCAGGCCUGUCUGUCCUACUCUCUGAUCACAAGACUGGCUCCCAGGUGGAAUAAAGCAGGACUCUACCUCGUCAGCGGAAGAGACUUUCUGACUGACGGGGGGAGGCUCAACGCUGUCAGCAUGGAGCUGAGCACCAGUGAGGGACAACUGUGCAUCAGUAUAGACGCCAACACAGUCCGACUGCCUCCAACCACACUGGAGGACUUUGACCUCCCCCUGUUAGUGCUGAGGAGGUUCUGCAGUGAACCUGACUCCGUCCUCAACCCCACCUCCACAGGGGGAGCCAUCUGGUGUCACGUCCUGCCCAGUAUGAAGAAAGGUCAGAUCAUCACCAUCAGCCGUCAGUUGCCCAAAGACGGACCUUUCAGGACCUACAGCGACCUGCAGAGUCACUGGAACCACCUGUACGGUUACAGACUCCCUGAGCUCGCAGAAGAAGAGGUGGUGUACUGCAGCAUCUACUUCAGACUGGUGGGAGAGAGACUCUUCACCUACCCUCUGAGCUGUAUCCGCCUUCAGCCUGUGCAGCCCGGCCCUCGCGUCAGCCUGCAGGGGGCGCUGGGCUCCUUCCUGUCUGACGCCAGCGACCGGCUGCAGAGUGUGUGUGGCUUUCCUGCACGACUGACCAACAAACCGUGUUAUCGCACUGUCGGACUGUGCACAGCUGCCACAGUAAAGGUGUUGAAUGGUGAGCAGGUGAAUCUCACCUCCUCCUGCUCCAUCAGGCCAGUCCUCACUCAGCUCCCUCCUCCUCCUCGUCCUCCUCCUCUUCCCCCCCGGCCUCUGAAGCGCUCAUUCAGUUCUCAACCUCCAGGCCGAGUGCCUCUCACCCAGCAGGACGGAGUGCAGAGGAUUCUGGGUAAUGGAUGUGGAUUCAGGGGCAGACUGACACAAAGUCACGGGUAUCAAGAAGAUCAACAUUGGCCCUCCUCCUCCUCAUGUGGUGUUUCCUCCUCUUCUGAUUCCUCGAGGCAUCAGUCAGCUCCUUCACUCUCCUCCUCUGCCUCUUUUUUCUCAGUUUUCCAGCCAGCCUCCUCCCUCACCUCCUCCUCCUUCACCUCGUCCCCCUCUUUGCUCCCCCCUCUUCCUCCCCCGACUCAAACCCCAGUGCUUCCUCCUCCCAAACUGGUUCCCAUCUUCACGAACAAGUGUCCAUCGCGUCGUAUCAACGUGGCCCUCCUGAGAGCGCAGAAACAGGGACAGCAGCUGAUUGGAGGAGGGGAGGAAAGAGGGCGGGUGACCUUACCUGCUUUUGGGAAGAAGACCCUAACCACGUUUUGUACUUCUUCUUCUUCUUCUUCUUCUUCUUCUUCUUCUUCUUCUUCUUCUUCUUCUUCUGUUUUCUCUUUUUCAGCUUCAUCUUGCCCACCUACCAUUCCUAGCUUCAAACCUCGCCCUAAACCCAAGAGCAGCGCCUUCCCUCUUCCAGCAGGUCACCCCAAACUCAAACGCCUCCCCAGCCUCAGCCCGGGCUUCAGGUCUAAACCCGGGCUCAUCCUCAGUCCAAAUCCAGAAAUCCAGUACGAAGCCAAGUCCAGCAACAUAACCGAAAAUAUGGCAAGUUUAGAAAGCAACACUGCAGCUAUGUCAAGAGGAAAGGUGCAGGAACAAGCAUCAAAAAUGUUUUUCCAUAAUUUAUCUUGUGGAGUUGCGUUUGAGUCAAAGCCGAAGAAAUCCAAAUCUUUGCUUCGAGUUACAGAUGUGGAGAAAAUGGCCAGGAGCAACCAGUUGUUUAAGCUGAACUCUGCGACCCUGCUGGCCUGGUUAAAAGGCAGAGGAGCGACUGUCAGUGCCAAACACAAGAAGGAGGAGCUGAUGCUGAAGGUCAUGGGCUGUCUCGCCGAGGCUUGAGGCCCACACACACACUAACACACGCACACACAUGCACCCACACUCUGCCCAUAUCGACUUAAUCUACUUACUCUGGAGCAUUAAUGCUGCUCUAAGCGACUUGAUUCAAGAUUUGAUGUUAAAACAGAAGCUGCAACAAAAGAGCACUUUCAUCCUCGCUAAUUGAGAUGCUGAAGAUUUGCCCAAAUUUUAAUCUUGUGUUAGAUGAAGUCGCUUUGGAGUCCUAUAAAGUGAAAUACAGACUUCAUAAGAUUUUUUGCUUUUGUUUGAUCAGAUUGUUAAGAUCUGUGAAAGUGUAUGCUGUUCAUUCACAAAACGUUUAAGAAAAUGUUCUUUUCAUUGAAGGAA